GCAACAAAUUUUUUUUGCAGUUGUGUCUUCACACUUGAGUCUUUAUAAAUACACUCCAAAGCCAAUAUCUCAUUCUCCACAGCUUAGAGAUUAUAUUGAGUGCAGCAAUACAGAAAUAAUUAAUUACAGUUUGUAGAAGCUAAUUAAGAGUCCGGCAUGGCUUGUGUUGCACUAACUUGUUUAAUGCGAACACUAGAGCUUGAGUUCCUGCAACCCAAUCCACGUCUCAUUCUAAAUCACAAACAACUUAUCCACUCUCUCUGCAAAAACCUUACCUUUUUGCAAAUGUUUCUUGACGAAUCUGAGAAGAAAGCCCACAAUUGUGAGGAGCUGAACCAUCUGAUAGCAAGAAUUAGAGGAGUAGCUCUCGAAGCAGAAUAUGACAUUGAAGCAGAGCUAGUAGAGAUUCGUCAUCAGAUGCUGGAUGUAACCUUGAGGCGCUUACUUAAAGAUGUUGAACAUCUGAUCGUGAUGAUUGAGGCACAAACAACAAAAGGUUUGCAAACUCAACAUCCGGAGGAGAGUUCAUUAUCGUCUGCUGGUCAAUCAUCCUCCCAACAUGCUUCAAAAUUUGAAGACACCAUGGUGGGGCAAACCAAAGAAUUCGAGGAGUUCAAGGAAAAGCUUCUAUCCUCGAAUAAGCCAUUGCAAGUUAUGUCCCUUGUUGGUAUGGGAGGUAUUGGCAAGACAACAUUUGCAAGAAAACUUGCUAAUGAUUCUGCAGUUAAGCGUCACUUUGACUGUUGUGGUUGGGCAACCAUGUCUCAAGAGCAUACUAAGAGGCAAGUGCUCCUUCAACUGUGUCGUUCCGUCAUGCCAAUGCAUGAUGACAUUAACACUAUGAAGGAUGAUGAGCUAGCAGAACAACUGCGCAAAAGUUUACUGGGCCACAGAUAUCUAAUUAUUGUGGACGACAUAUGGACUGAAGGCGCAUGGGAUGAUGUGAAGGGAUGCUUUCCAGAGGAGAACACUGGCAGUCGAAUAUUAUUGACCACUCGACUCAAAGAGGUAUCUAAAUAUGCUUGUUUAGAUAAUUUACAUGACAUGCGCUUCUUAAAUUGUGAUGAAAGCUGGAAUUUAUUUUGUCAAAAGUUUUUGUCAAGAGAAAGUCUGAACAAAGAAUUUGAAACGAUAGGGAAGGAAAUUGUUAAGAGAUGUGCAGGAUUACCACUUACAGUUGUGGUGCUAGCGGGACAUCUAUCCACCAACAUGGCAGUAGAUGAGUGGAGGAGUGUUAAAUCAAUGUUAAACUCAUUGGUGAAUUUAGAUCUGUCUGAACAAUUUUCCAGAAUACUCAGUCUGAGUUACAAAAACUUACCUUGCCAUUUGAAGAGUUGUUUUCUAUAUUUUGGAGUUUUUCCUGAAGAUAGAGAGAUUGGAAUUAAAAAAUUGAUUAGGUUAUGGAUUGCGGAGGGAUUCAUAAAAGAAGAGAGUGAAAAGACGUUAGAAGAAUCAGGUGAAGAUUAUUUGCAGGAUCUUAUCAAUAGAAGCCUGAUUAUGGUAAGUGGGCAAAGCAAAAAUGGAAAAGUUGAAACAUGUAAGAUGCAUGACCUAUUGCAUGAGCUGUGUGCAAGCAAGGCUAAAACAGAGAAACUUCUGUGCAGUAGAUAUUGCAAAAAUUACUAUAUUCAAUCAGAUGGAAAUCGUUGGUUAAGUCUUAAAAUAACAUCUCAAGAUUAUUUUUGUUUAGAUGCUUUGAAAAAAUCCCGUUCCAUUUUAUGCUUUGAUAUGCGUAAAUGGGAUGAUUCUGAUUGGUAUUUAAAUUCUCUAGCCAGUAGUUCUCAGAUGACAGCCGACUCUUUUAAGAUGUUAAGAGUGCUGGACUUAACUGGACUUGACUACAAAGGAAGUAUACCUUCAGAUAUUAUAGAUGUAGUUCUUCUCAGAUAUCUAGCUUUAGCCUCAAACUGGCUGCUCACCUCCAUACCAGUGAGCAGGAAUCGGAAUCUGCAAACACUUGUUAUUUCUGAAGAUUUCAAUGGUGUCCGUAAGUUACCUGAUGGAAUGUGGGAGUUGGCACAAUUAAGGCACCUUCAGUUAUACCAUCAGCUAAUUCCAAUGUACACUCCAGAAGUGGCUCAACUAAAUCUGCAAACAAUGUACUGGUUGCAAUGCGUUCAGUGCACUAAGCAAGUGCUUUUGAGGAUUCCAAAUGUUAAGGAGUUGGGAAUAAUCGCCCAAGGAUGCAGAUCCCACCGUUGUUUAGAUAAUCUUAACUGCUUAAAUAAGCUGGAGAAGCUAAAAGUUGAGGGCACCUAUUGUCCUAUACAACUGCAGUCUUGUACUUUUCCACAAAACCUCAAGGAGAUUACCUUUGCAAAAACUCUCAUGCCGUGGGAAGCUAUGAACGUUAUGAGUAUGCUGCCCAAGCUUGAGGUGCUAAAACUCAAGAAUCAUGCCUGUGUAGGACAAGACUGGGAACUAAGUGUAGAGAAGGGGUUCCCUGAAUUGAAGCUUUUGAUAAUUUCUGUUAUGGAUUUGAAGCAUUGGGAGUUGGGCGAUGAUGUUGAUGAUCAUCCUUUCCCAAAGCUUGAGCGCUUGGUAUUGAGAAAUUGCUUUGAGUUGAAAGAGAUGCCAAGUUGGAUUGAAAACCAUAGUAAUUUGAAGUCAGUUCAGUUGGAGCAUUGCCAUGCUUCCCUUGUGACUUCUGCCAGGAUGAUUGAAGAAGACCAGCGUCAGUUAUACGGAGAAGAAUUUGCAUUGGAGAUUCUUGAUUUCCACACUCUAUCUGAUGAAGAUCAACAUUCCACGCUCACUCAGAUCUCUCUCCCUCUCUGUCACUCAUUUGCAGAAGAGAAUGAUGAAGAUAUAAAAACGAGUGUUUUCCUCGAAGCAAGAAGUCUCUACAUCCCACACGCGAACAACCCUCGGUAUUGGAGUUGGACUCGGGACUCCGGACAUAAGGUUGCAGUACUUCUGGGCGUUUGCUGGCUCGAGAUCAAAGGAAAGUUAGAAACUCGGCUCCUGCACAAAAUCACUUCUUAUUCUGCCUACCUUAUUUUUAAACUUAAACCGAAAGCUCAAUGUCUCGAUACAACAUUCACAUCAGUGAGAUACAUCAAGGAUAAAAGAAGUUAUAAUGAGAAUCGACGUUGUCAAGUGUUUUUAGCGAAAAGAAGGUCUUAUGAAGACCCUGGCCGGUUUCCAAACCGUCGCCAUGAUGGGUGGAUGGAGAUUAAGCUCGGAGAUUUUUACAUUAGUUCAAUAAAUGAAGGUGAGGUCGAAAUGCGACUUUGGAGUACUAAAAACAGGAAUUGGAAGUCUGGUCUCAUUGUCAAGGGCAUUGAGGUUCGACCUAGCUAAUCGAUGAGGAAAAAAAUUUAUGGGAUAACACCCACUUAAAUUGUAUUAGUAACUUUCUUUUUCUCAUAUAGGUUUUAAUUUAGUUUGAGAAUUAGUAGUAAGCAGAUUAAUUGGUAAGCUAUUAGUAUAUAGUAGGUAGAUUGUAUUAGUAGUUUUUACCAAUGGAUAAUAUUACUUGUUCACUUGUUCAUAAAAAAGUACGUGUUUGUAAAAUUAAGUGUUUAGU